UUAUAAAAAUACUCUCCACCAGUUCGUUUCAUCUUCCCCACACUCCUAAAUUCCUAAACCCCUAAUUUUUACCAUUUUUUCCCUAAAACAAAAAAUUCCACUUCCUUCAUCACCAAAAAUGGAGUUUCUCUUUAUGUUUCUGAAAUUAACUUGAAUUAGGGUUGUUUUAUUGACACUGCCAAUGGCUUCUGAAGAAAUGGGCUUGGUUUCGACUCGACGAGUGGAAAAUGGACUCAAUCCACACUCACAGCUCGUUUUCCAUGAAACUUUUAGCUGUGGCCCACCACCACCACCUCCUCGGCGCUGCGCUGCCGCCAUUAGCGGUGAUCCGGGCCCAAAAACGACUCGAGAACUUACCGGAUUCAUCGACAAGUACGAUAAUAACCAUCACCACCAUUACUUCCCUCAUCAACCGCAAGCUGCCGAUUUUCGCCGUCAAAUGUUCGCCGAUGACCGACCUGGCGAUGGAUCGGAGGAUGAUGACGUGGAUGAUGACGAGGAUGAUGACGAUGAUGAAAAUGAAGCUGAAGGCAUCGUUAUAGUUGAAAAUAGUAAUAAUAAUAAUAAUAAUAAUCAUAAUAACAACAAUAAUAAUAACAGUGAUAAAGUUAAUAAUAACUGUAGUAGUAAAAUUGGCAGUGAAAAACCAAAACCCCUUUCUGCAUUUGGUGCUAAGGAAUCAGGAAAUGAGAACAGCUUAGACGCGAGAAAUGCAGUGACAAUUGCUAGUGUUGAUGGUGAGGUUUAUUAUAAUAGUCAGUAUUUGCAGGGAGGGGAAGGGUCAAAUGCAGGGCCGAAGGAGAUGGGGUUUGAGAAUGGGUGUAGGUUUAGUGGGAGAAAGGAAGGUUGUUAUUCAAGUGAAUCAGGAGAGUCUUUGAGAGCUAUUCUCUCCGAUCCAAUUAUGGGAGCGCUUAUGGAUGAUGCGAUGAUAUUGCCUUGUGGGCAUUCCUUUGGUAGUGGUGGAGUGCAGCAUGUGAUUAGAAUGAAAGCUUGCUAUAUCUGUUCACACGUGGUGUCCGAAGAUUCAGUGGCACCAAAUUUAUCUCUUCGAGCUGCAGUUCAAGCAUUCCGUCGAGAAGAGGAAUCACAGCUUAAUCGUUCUUUAAAAAGAAGAAAGGAGAGAUAUGACCAGGAUAGAGGGUCCUUUGGUGAUUCGCCGCUCUCGGAUCAUCUAAGAGGAAGAGGUGUUCAGUUUCCAUUUGCUGUCACAGACAGGGUUAUUAUAAAGGGUAACAAAAGGACACCUCAGCGUUUUGUGGGUCGUGAGGCUGUUGUGACCACUCAGUGCUUGAAUGGAUGGUAUGUUGUAAAGACGCUAGACAAUGCUGAGAGUGUAAAGUUGCAAUAUCGCUCCUUAGCCAAAGUUUCAGAUAACUUAUCAAUCCAGCCAAUAUCAAGUGGACGCUUGAUUGCUGAACUUGAAAUAGAUGCGUGGGCACCUGAUUGCUGA